AGGUUAAUGAACUUAUAUCUCCUCCUACUUGUAAUUGCCACGUCAUCGUGGCAAUUUGUGGCUGGAUUGGAGUGUCCCGUGGAAUGUACUUGUGAUAAGAAGGGACUUGUAGUGGAUUGCAGUAGUUCUGGCCUCACCAGGAUUCCAAAAAAUAUUUCGCGGAAUGUUCGUAGUUUGGUAAUUAGGAACAACCGUAUUCACAAACUGAAACGAUCUGAUUUGGAAGGAUUUAAUCAGCUUGAAACUCUUGUCCUUACUCAUAAUAAAAUUAAAAUAAUUGAAGAGAAUGUUCUUGAUCACCUUCCAGAGCUGAAACGUCUUUCAUUAGCUCAUAAUGAACUGGUUUAUAUUCCACCACUUUGCUCUGAUUCUCGGCCACUAGCAUCUCUGAAUUUGAAACGAAACCACAUUCAAUUUAUUGACGAGCAGGUUCUACGUUAUUUCCCAGAUCUUACACAACUCGAUUUUUCACACAAUAGAAUACAGUCGUUACGUACAAAACUUUUCGAUAAUCUUCCAGCUCUCUCACAUGCACAUUUACAUUCAAAUCCUUGGCAUUGUGAUUGCAGGGCAUCAAAAGUAAAAGCCUUGUUGCAAAAGGUGAAAUGGGAGAAAAAAGUAUACUGUACAAAUCCCGUUGAGCUACGUCAUCAGGCACUAGAUGAGGUGGACGAUUCUGCACUGACCUGUGCUAGACCAGCAGAAGAGUCAUGGACCGGCGAGGAGAUAAAGCUGACAUGUGCUAAAAAUUCCAGCAGCAAGCUCGUUGUAUGGAUGUAUGAAAAUGUCGAGGUCGAUUCAUCUUCACUGGACGGUUAUGAGAUACAUGAUACAGUGAUAACUGUUCCUCGAAAAACCAAUGUCAACUUUAUGACAUGUACAUAUGAUUUUGAUCAUAUUCCACAUCACAGACGUCUCCGACAAAGCCAGCAUCAAGGAAAUGGUUCUCCUCAGUUCACAUAUAAACCACGGGAUAAUUCCUUCCGAGAGGGAUCAGAAGUUAAAGUAAACUGUGAAGUUAUGGGAAAUCCAAAACCUACAAUAAAUUGGUAUCAUAAUGGAAAACGGUUCAUUUCAUCGAGAAAAAGGCAACUUGGUCUAUCCAAUAAUGUUCUUCGUAUAUAUCCUUUCUUGGAAGAGGACUCUGGAAGGUACACAUGCGAAGCGGUGAACAGCGUUGGAAAAGUCAGACAUGCGUUCUCGUUGGAUCUCAUAAGCAGUGUACCUCCAAAUAUUUACGAAGGACCACAAUCUGUUAGCCAGAAUCUUGGAGGAUCAGUUGUAUUCGUCUGCAAAGCCAAUGGAAAUCCAGUUCCCGAUUACACUUGGUCAUUUGAUGGAAGUACAAUUGGCCAUAUUAAAGGAAGAUUUAUGGUAUCUGAUGAUGGAACAGAGCUUCGUAUAUCAAAUAUUGAAAAGAAGGAUGAAGGAUAUUAUUCUUGUAUGGCUGGAAAUCCAGUUGGAGCAAUGAGUGCUGAUGCGAAACUUACUGUAAUUGGAGGUGAAACUAGGAAGGCUGCGGCUCCACAAAUUGAUGAAGAGCUUCUACGAGCAAUUGCUCAAAAAGCAAGACAAAAUGUUGAAAAUGCUGUGGAGAAGACAAGAAAACAAUUAACACAAGAUAAAGUUACAAAUACCAAUGAUUUGAAAAGACUUUUCCGCUUCUCUACUCCAAAGCAAGCUGUCGAAUUGUCAAAAGCCCGGGAGAUUUAUGAAGAAUCAGUUAGACUAGUUAGAGAACAUGUUGAAAAAGGAUUAAUUCUGAAUGUUGAUGAGCUUCACCCAAAAAAUGUUUCAUAUGAAUCAGUGCUUCAUGUGACUCAUGUUCAAGCUCUCAUGGGCCUCAGUGGAUGUCAUACAGGACAAUACAAGAAUCCAUGUACUGAUACGUGUUUCCAUCAUAGAUACAGAUCAUUCGAUGGCCAAUGUAAUAAUAAAAACAAACCAAUGACUGGAGUUUCCCUAAUGCCACUUCGACGUCUUUUGAAACCUGUAUAUGAGAAUGGAUUCAAUACUCCAGUUGGUUGGGAAAAAGGACGACUCUAUAAUGGAUAUCCACUUCCAAAUGUUCGAGAAGUUUCCAGACAACUUGUUGCAACUGAAAAUAUAACUCCACACUCAAAACUUUCAUCAAUGGUUAUGCAAUGGGGACAGUUCGUAGAUCAUGAUCUUACUCAUACAGUGACAGCUCUUUCGAGACAUAGUUAUGCUACGGGAGCUUUUUGUAAUAGAACUUGUGAGAAUUUGGAUCCAUGUUUCAAUAUUCCGUUAUCACCAAAUGAUCCAAGAGUGAAGAGUGGAAGUGCCAAGUAUCCGUGCAUUGAAUUUGAACGUAGUGCUGCAGUUUGUGGAUCAGGAGAAACAUCUCUUGUCUUCAAUCGAGUUACCUACAGAGAACAGAUGAAUGCUCUAACCUCAUUCCUGGAUGCAUCAAAUGUAUACGGUAGCAAUGAAGUUCAAGCUCAAGAACUUCGUGACACUUAUAAUAAUAAUGGGAUGCUCCGAUUUGAUAUCACUUCUGAAGCUGGAAAAGAGUACUUGCCAUUUGAGAAAGAUUCUAAUAUGGAUUGCCGUCGAAACUUUAGUGAAGAGAAUCCGAUUCGUUGUUUCUUGGCUGGAGAUCUUAGAGCAAAUGAGCAACUCGCACUUGCUGCAACUCACACGAUUUUCAUUAGAGAACAUAAUAGAAUUGCCAAAAAAUUAAAAUCGAUGAAUGGAAAUUGGGAUGGCGAGAUUAUUUAUCAUGAAACGAGAAAAAUUGUUGGAGCUAUGAUGCAACACAUUACCUACAAACAUUGGAUGCCAAUUAUUUUUGGAGGACAGGCGCAGAUGAACAAGUUCGUAGGAACAUAUCAAGGAUACGAUCCGGAUGUAGAUGCAUCCGUAACAAAUGCUUUUGCUACUGCAGCUUUCAGAUUCGGCCAUACAAUCAUCAACCCAUCUUUAUUCCGUCUUGGAAAUGAUUUCAUGCCAAUUAAAGAAGGGCAUAUUGCUCUUCAUAAAGCAUUUUUCACCCCUGAAUUGGUUCUGACACAAGGAGGCGUUGACCCCCUUCUACGUGGAUUAUUCGCAAGUCCACUGAAACAUCCGAUGCCAACUCAACUACUAAAUAUGGAGUUAAUUGAGAAAUUAUUUAUGAAAGGCCACGAGGUAUCAUUGGAUUUGGCAGUCAUGAAUAUUCAAAGAUCCAGAGAUCACGGAUUACCGAGUUACACAGAAUAUCGAAAAUUCUGUAAUCUUCCAGUUCCGGUUCAAUGGGAAGAUAUGAAAGGAUACAUAAAAGAUGACAUGAUUAUUCAAAAACUUCGAGGAUUAUACGGUGUUCCACAAAACAUUGACUUGUGGGUCGGAGGAAUUGUCGAGGAGAAGUUGGAGAAUGGGUUGUUCGGUCCCACUUUUGCAUGUAUUAUUGGCGAACAAUUCAGGAAAAUUAGAGAUGGAGAUCGGUUCUGGUAUGAAAAGGAUGGAGUUUUCACACCAGAACAGCUGCGGGAGAUCAAAAAGAUCACACUGGCAAGACUUUUCUGUGAUAACGGGGACAACAUUGAUCGAAUCCAGAAGGACGUAUUCAUGUACCCAGGAAUGGACAAGGAGAACUAUGGAACAUGUCAAGAAACGGAAAUGAUGAACUUGAGAGCAUGGAGCAAAUGCUGUGAUAAUGUGUGUCCGACAAUGCUAGAUAGAAUUCUUCGAAGCCGACAUCGUGGAUCCCGUCUCCACGGAUGUAAUCAGAACGGGAUUUGGAGGCCUGAAGGUGCUAAGUGGAUUCCACAAAAUGAAAUAUGUACUGAAUGUGUUUGCCAGGGAAGCCGUGUUUGGUGUUCGACAAAAGAAGAUUGUUCGGACAAUCGAAGCCCAUUUUAAUAAUUUUUAUUGGUUGUUUUCGUUUUCUUUUAAACUCUGUUGUUCAAUUUGCUGCUUCUAUUAAGUAUCUCAAUUCCUUCGCUGGUGCUUUCCAAUUCCGUAUUUUCAUUAUUAGCCUUGCGUUAAAUUGCCAUUUAUUUUUCGAUUAUUGAUUUGAAAAACUUUUCUAAACAGAUGCACGACUAAUAAUGAUAAUACGGUAUUAUAUUUCUAAAAUAUAAAUAUAAAAUUCCAAAAGUUCUGAACAAAUUUUUCCUUCAAUAAUCAAAUUCUUAGAAUCAA